AUGCUCCGAGGUGCGCCAGGACUAGGCCUCAGGGGCCUGAAGGGGGCCGAGGGCUCUGUGGAGGCCCCAGGGGGCUCUUACCCGGAGGCCGGCAGGAAUUUUGGGGUGCUGAGGGAGAACGGCGCCCCACGCAGCCUGGGUGACGCAGAGGAGGCGACGGGCCGAAAGCGCGCACGACCGGCGCGGUCCAAGGCGCGGCGCAUGGCGGCCAACGUGCGAGAGCGCAAGCGCAUCCUGGACUACAACGAGGCCUUCAACGCUCUGCGCCGCGCGCUGCGCCACGACCUGGGCGGCAAGAGGCUCUCCAAGAUCGCCACGCUGCGCAGGGCCAUCCACCGCAUCGCCGCGCUCUCGCUAGUGCUGCGCGCCAGCCCCGCACCCCGCUGGCCCUGCGGCCACCGGGAGUGCCACGGCCAGGCCGCUCGCGCCGCCGGGAGCGCAGGGAACGCGGGUGCCAGCCCUCCGAGGCCCGUGUCGCCGCCCGCAGGGCUCGGCCUGACUCGCUGGGACGCCGUCGGCCCCUUCGUGCCGCCCGCACCGCGCUGCGCCUCGUGCAUCCCGCACGCGCAGCUGGGACGGCCCCGCACCGUGGUCCAGGCGCCCUGCCUGGCCCAGGCUUCCGGAGGAGGCUGGCGCCGGUGCCCGGGGGCUCCCUCUACCGGGUCGCUUCUCUGGCCGCGGGACCACCUGCCAGCGGGCGCGGGACUGGGCUACCAGCCCUCUUGA